CGCCAUGAAGCUCAUACUCUCCACCUCGAAUAUCAUGUCCGGAAGCCCGUCCGUGAUACGGCGCCCCUUCUUCGAAAAGUCCAAUACUGAACUCACCUCUUCCCUGCGCGCGAACUUCACUGCUCACCAGCAGUCGGCUGGCAAAGACUCCGCAAAGUCCAGCUACAAGUCAUGGACAACGCAAAACGAUUCGGCACUUUCCGUACCUACACACACGCCCUCACCCCUUACCGAACCUCGCGAAUCAUAUGACAUCACUGUCAAGCUGUUCUACCUGCCGAACAUACCCACGGAUAGGCGAUGCGCCCAGACACGGGAGGCAAUCGAGCUGGUCUUGAAGGAACUUGGCGCCUCGUCGAUAGAUCUGCUUAUCGUAAGCUUCCCAGGCAUAUCAUUCGACGCCGACGAUGAGGAUUCGGACUUUGAAGACCCGCCGUCAGCACCGCAGUCGACUUCAGACAACGACGGAGGCUGCUUGGACGCAGAUGUUCCACCAGAGGACAUCGAAACAAUGAUUACCACAUGGAGGACAUUGGAGACUCUUCAAGAAGAGGGUCUGGUAUCGAAACUCGGCAUAGCAGAAUUCGGCGUGACGCGACUCAGCAAGUUUUUGGAGCACACAAAGAUCAAGCCAAGCGUCAACCAGAUCAACGUACGCGACUGCUGUGUAGUGCCGAAGCCCCUCAUCAUAUACGCAAAGCAGCAGAAGAUUGAGCUUCUCACCCACAACGACUGCACAAACAUACUACCACGAGGAACGCUGCGACAAAUACUCGGAGCCGGAGACAAUGGCUCCGGUGUGUUGGCAGGAGAAGGGAACGAAGAAGGACUGAAGGGUGACGUUGAGCCUCAGUGGGUCGUCAAAUACACUGCUGUGGUCAAAGACAGAGGAGUUGUGGAAAACAAGGGAUACUUUGCCGUUGCUGAAUUGAAAGAGUAGGAAAGGCGCACACGACAGUUCACAUUGCAUGUUCAGCGCACCAUCAAUGGCAAUUUAGCUUGAUUCAAGUACCAGCCUGCAGCAAAUUGCCACCUUUACCCAUCCAUGAAUAACGGCCUCCUGCAUCCAAACUCGGCCCUCCGACUUCUUCUUUCCAAGAAUUACUCUAACCGUAUGUCUCCAUCUUCCGGCUCCGCAAUCUGGGACGUCGGCCGACAGGACUCGGCGGAUCACUAUGCUGCAGCGACCACUUCUUGGCUUCCCCAAUGUCCAUCGUCGAAUUAGUGACAAUUGCACCAGAGUUGGUGCGCUUGAUUUUCGACAUUGCGCGUCUCAUGAAAGCUCGCGGUCGAACCGGCAUCGAGUUUGUCCUCGUUGUCAUCGGCUUGCGUAGGGAGUUGGCCCGGUUGAUCAUGUUCUCAGGGGCCGGACUCUUCAUUCUUGGUGGCGAAUAUGGCUUUCCCAUGGAAGACCUUUUCCUCCCCUCGAUUGGCUCGAGGAACGAGCACGUUACUCGGCGUUGCGGAAGUGGUGGCCUCGUGGCCGGCUUGUGAAUGAUGACGAGUGGGAUAGUGGAAACGGUGCUGUUGGACAUCCUGUUCUAUAAGGCAGGCCUACUGCUGUUCUUGGUGGUUGGCUGAGUUGUUCGUUGUGUUGGCGAAAUAGUUUGCUGAGCUGUGUUUUAAGGAGGAAGACGUUGGACUCGAGGAUGUAUAUGGCUAGGAACAGUGAUGGCUGCACCUGGUGAUAGCGCCAGUAUGAUCAAGAGCGGGCGAUGAAUAAGACGGAGUUGAAUGAUAGAGGACGAA